CCAGCAGUUUACAUUUUCGUAGUCCUCCAUACGCUAGGUGGCACUGUUUUACAUAUUAACCAACCAGAGUUUUUUUGGGGGGGCCGAUUUUCUGCUCGAACAGGAAGAGUAUCGAUUGUUAUGUUGCAGCAGUGAAACAGAGGAAAAGGCUAGUCAAGGAAUUUCGUUGUGUUGUUUUUUUUUAAAUCAUACAUUUAUGAUUCUUAUUAGAAGCAACACAUUUAGUGUUGUGCUUGUUUUGAGGAGUCGUAUGCCUAGUCUCCAGAAAGAAAAUCUGUUUAAGAAUUUCAGUUCGGACCCAUCCCAGAAAUGACAACAUCAGUGUUUUUCGGCUGUACAUUCAUCGCCUUUGGCCCAGCGAUUUCAUUGUUCCUGUUUACAAUCGCCAGAGACCCUUUGCGGGUCAUCUUUUUGAUUGCUGGGGCGUUCUUCUGGCUGGUGUCUCUGCUGCUGUCCUCUCUGGUGUGGUUCAUCGCAGUACAGAUCAGCAACAAAGAGAACGCAUCGGUUCAGAAAGGACUUCUCAUCUUCGGAGUGGUGUUGUCAGUGCUGCUCCAGGAAACCUUCCGCUUCGGUUACUAUAAACUACUCAAGAGAGCUAAUGAAGGUUUGAUGGCUCUGAGUCAAGAAGAUGCAAUGCCCAUUUCUAUAAGACAACUGGCUUAUGUAUCUGGCUUGGGAUUUGGUUUCAUGAGUGGGGCAUUUUCAGUCGUCAACAUACUGGCUGACUCGCUGGGCCCAGGCACUGUGGGGAUUCACGGAGAUUCACAACAUUAUUUUGUAUCAUCAGCCUUCAUGACAAUGGCCAUUAUACUGCUGCACAUGUUCUGGGGAGUUGUUUUCUUCGACGCCUGUGAAAAGAAGAGGUGGUGGGCUGUGGUCAUAGUUGUUCUGAGCCACCUGCUUGUGUCGUGCCUGUCGUUCCUGAAUCCUCAGUAUGAAGGCAGCCUCAUCCCAGCCUACGUCGUUAUGUGUGUGAUGGGCAUGUGGGCCUUCUCCAGUGCGGGCGGCUCGUUCCGAAACCUGAAGCUGUGUUUAACAUGCAGGGAUAAGGAUUUCCUCCUUGUAAACCACAGACCCAGAUAGCGCUCGGGAUUCCAGGACACUUCUCACAAGAACUGUUUUGUACAAGGACGGGUUCAGUUAUAUCUACACAUUGUUAUUUCUAUGGAGGUGCUUUCUUUUAUUGUUCAUUUUGAAAUCAUUGACGUUUCCUGGCAGAGACUCCUUGGAAACGCGAGCCAAAAAAAGAUCUUCUGAUUAAUUGCAUUGAUAUUAAUGUUUGGUUUCCCUGUUCCUGUUCUGUUUGAAAUCACCACUAGGCAGUGAGAUAGCAUGUAAUCAGGAUUUAUGUUCCACCUUAAUAAUUAUAUCCUGAAGGGGGUGGGCACUCAUUUCUACCAGCUUGCUUCCUUUCGUGCUAUACCUUGCCAUCAGACAGAUAACUGCUUAUUGGAAAGCCUUUUCAACAAUUCUUGUCAUUGUAGUCGAAAUGCAUUUAGGAGAAAUAUACAGCUAUGGCCAUAAGGGUUGCAAUCACCUUGAAUUUUAGGGUUGAGACAGUAAUGAAAACGAAUAUAUAUAUAUAUAUAUAUAUAUAUAUAUAUAUAUAUAUAUAUAUAUAUAUAUAUAUAUAUAUAUAUAUAUAUAAAUGUGUGUGUGCGAGAACAUAAUUUAGAUCUUUUAUUUAACAUCAUGUAGCCAAAUAAACUACAAAAUGAUAUUGCUAAAGUCUACCGGAAGCCUUAAUAGUAGUACACUAUUUCAUGUUAGAUUUUGAAAUGACACAUUUUUUUUCAUUUUGUCAGUUUUUUGUGAAGUAUACAGAAAACUACAAAGCAGUAUGUAAUUAAAUCUGUUAAGGUAACAUUAUUCAGCAGGUUUCAUUCAGCUUCUAGAGGGUGGUGCUAAACCUUUGGCUGCAGCUGUACCUCAUGACUUCUACUGAAACAUUUUCUAUGGGAAGAUACAGCCAAGUUUGCUGAUUAACCACACCACAGAUUUUAAAUUAGAAAGAAAUCUGGGCAGUGCAGCACAUUUUUCUCACAGAAGCAAGCUAUUUGCAUUAUUAGGUAAUAAUAUUAUAUUUCCAGGACACUGACGUAUAUUUAAAUGUUUAAACCAGUUAAUAAGAUACUAAUAAAAUGCCUGUUAAUUUUAUAAACAAGAACCAAACAGCUAAGUCCUAUAUACCAGGGUUGGUUCUCAUUUUGUGAAAUUGUUCUCCUUUUGAGUUACAGACUGGUGCUUUUAAAUAGGAAGCUUCACAAUCUUGCCAUGAAUACAUAGACCACUUUAGUUUGCUCAGUAGCAAACACAGUUUUCAAGGCCCUUUUGUGUGUGGCUGUGUGACUGUCGACACAGUGAUUUAUUACUUGACCUACAAUGGUGAUGACUGGGAUGGAAUUAAUGAGAGCUGCUGCUUGAUAUUACUUGAUUGAGAUUUCUUUACAUCGAUAAUUCAAGUGAAUAUAACAACUUCUCCAUAUAUGUCUGACAUAACAGCAGAAUUAGGAACCAAGUGUAAUAAAUACUAGAAGUACUGCUGAAGCAGAUGCAUUCACUGCAUAAAUCAAUGGCUAUGUAAACAAGACUGUUCCUACAUAACUGGGGGAAUUGAGAUAAAACAAACUGUAAUGAAAUUCUCUGGCUAACAUAAGAUACUGACCGUUUAGUUUUCUAAUGGUUUGUAGGUCACUAUUAAAGGGUAAGUUGGUUUGCUAAUGAAGCUUUCCCUUUAAGCAUAAUAGUGCUUUUCCGUUUCCACCUGUUUUUAAUAUAAUGAGCCACAUUUUGAAGCGCGCACAAAUAAUGUUAUUGUAUAAAAGCAUUACUUCUGCAGGUGUAUGAACUUCCACUACAGUUUUUAGUGUGCUAUUAGCCUAAGCUUAACUAAAAUGUAGUACUGAGUACUGAUAAUAUUCUAAUAUUCGUAGCAAUCCAAUAAUAAUACCUCAGAGCUUUUGAUCAAUUAGAACUGCUGUUCUGUUCAUUUUGAAUUUUUAUUUGCACUUGUUUAAAUCAAGCAAACCUGUGUAUAGCUGCUGUACUUUAUAGCUUUUGCCUCGUAAAGGAUGUAUAUAUCCUGUUUGGAGUGGUCAAAGUCUAAAGUUACUAAUUGCCACACGUCUUUUGUUAAUGUACAGAUAUCCUUCUUUAAAGUGUUUGCUAAAUUUCUGAUUUCUUUUUUUAUUAUUCCAGUUUCUCUUGACACUGCUGGAUGUAUCUUGAGGCAAGGUAGUUUGCCUAUCUUUCCUGUCCUGAUUUUAAACUGUAAAAGUAAAAAAAAUAAAAGAUUGUGUAAAACCUUUA